AUGGACUCACCAAUCGUCAUGUCGCACUCUACUAGCCCUCCUGCUGCUCCCUGGGCACCUGCCCCGAGGGUCAGCAGCCUGGUGUACAGAUCAUCCCCUCAUGCGAGUGAGAGUAGCAAAGAUCAUCGACCCCGACCGUCUGCACAGGACGAGGUCAUUGCCAGCCACUUUGCUGCCUUGAAUGCUGUAGAAGGCGAUGAGUGUUGGAUAACAGGCGCUGGGGACACGGAACGGGUCCAUAUCGUUCCCCAUGCCGAAGGAGACUGUACGCGCCUUAUCCUCUGGCUCCAAUUGAUGGAGCUCGUCCCCAUGCCCAUUCAGGAGAGGGCAAAAUGGAAGGUCUCUCACGAGAACCUGCUCCCCCUGUCGCUCUCCAUACACCGCUGUUUAACAGACGGCGAGAAGAGAAAAGCACUUCUUCGACCGACGAGGGAGGACCUGGUCCUACUCGUGCGAGUGCUUGAAGACGGCCUUCAAAGGGAGUGCGAGCAGAACUUCAGUCCAGCAUGGCGGCCUCGCUGGAAUGAGAUACUACAGACAGGCUGGCCACGAAAGGACAGAUUUGGCACAUUGUGCCUCCCGUCCUACGAACUUCAGCUGGACAUAUUUGACCUUAAGCGCCGGACCAUUUCCAAGUGGAAAGAUCUUGCAGGUUCUCAGGGGGUGUCUCGAGUGACCGGUGACGAGCUUUACCCUAUUCUGCUCGACCAUCAGCUGGAUACCUUGCAGGCUCCAGUUUCAAUCUUGGCUGUGGUUGCUGUGGCUGUGUCACAAGCAUGGUACAUCAGCCGCUCACCAGGGCGAAGGUACCGAGAAGCUUUCCUGGAGGAGAUGGACAUCAUGUCCUACAUCGUGAAUCUCCUCGGCUCCCCGAGCCCCAGCUAUUUCAGAGGACUUCAAAGGCCUUCUGCCCUUCCUCCUCUCCCUCCUCUUCCUCAAAUUGCAUCCCUCUCAUCUCCGCAACGAAUGCGCGAGUGGCCUCUUACCAAACCGCGUACACGCUCGUCGGCGGUGGCAUCCCAGCUUCCCGAAUUUUCUUCAAGCCCACCGAAGGGUUACAAGGAGAAUCUCGCUACCGCGCUGUACGAGAUGGACAGAGCACAAAUCGCGGAGGAAGGGGUCUCAGUGUCAACAGACGGCGGGCACGAGGAUAGCGAAGGAAGUGGUGGCGCCAGCUCUUUCAAAAGUAGACGAUCAGAGCCUCGAGGGGACGAGAGUCGCUCGAGUGGCGGUGACUCGUCGAUCGGCAGCUCCGAUCUCUCGAGCAUAUCGAUGCUCCCUCCCUCUCCUGGGCUACAGGACGCCAAAGACGCAACGGUAGUGUCCAAUGUCACGGAGCAAGCCCAGAAGCAGUUGAAGUCAUCGCCCGAAGCAAAGAUAGGCUCCACUUCUGUAGCUCCGAGCAUGGCUGUGUGGCAUGAGGAAGCGCAAAGCCUCGAUGACAAGCAGGACUUGCUCCUCGACGAUGCCCUUUCGGCUCUCGCAAGUCAAUUGCAGGCUCCCUCAAACCAGGCGGAUAGCACCACAACAGCUACACGACUUUUCGACUUCCUAGCCAGCCCUGAGCCUCUGGACAUUACAUCCAAGCUACAGGCAAUUGAGCAGCGCAGGGAGGAAAUGUUGGAACAGUGGGAGGACGGGCUCAAGUAG